UGGGUAUCAGCCGUGAGUCACACAUCCUGUUCUGUACCGUGCUGUGAACUUCUGCGGGCAUAUAUAUGGAUGAUGGAAGAAUUCAGAAAGACGACAGACUGCAAACAUGCUGAGGAUCUUGUUGUUGAGUGCGCUGGCCGCCCUGGCGCUGGCUGAGCCCAGAUAUAUAGAGGAUCAGGCCAUUGAGGAGAGGGUUGUGGGUGGAGAGGUGGCAAGUCCCAACUCCUGGCCCUGGCAGAUCUCUCUCCAGUAUCUGUCUGGCGGCAGCUACUAUCACACCUGUGGUGGGACUCUGAUCAGAAGGAAUUGGGUGUUGACCGCCGCCCACUGCGUUGACACCACGAGAACAUGGCGUGUUGUCCUGGGUGACCACGACAUCUACAACCACGAAGGUCGCGAGCAGUACAUGAGCGUCAGUCAAGUGACCAUCCACCCCAGCUGGAACAGAAACAAUGUGGCUGCUGGAUAUGAUAUCGCUCUUCUGCGUCUGUCCUCUGACGCCACUCUGAACUCAUACGUUCAGCUGGCCACCCUUCCACCCUCAGGACAGGUUCUGCCCCACAACAAUGUCUGUUACAUCACCGGCUGGGGCCGCACUCAGACUGGUGGGUCACUCUCCGCUCAGCUGAAACAGGCCUACCUGCCCGUGGUGGACCACAGUACCUGCUCUCGUAGUGACUGGUGGGGAAGCACCGUGAAGAGCACCAUGGUGUGCGCUGGUGGCGGCAGCUUGUCUGGAUGCAAUGGUGACUCUGGCGGUCCUCUGAACUGCCAGGUGAGCGGUCAGUACGUCGUCCAUGGAGUGACCAGCUUUGUGUCAUCAUUGGGUUGUAAUACCUACCAGAAGCCAACAGUCUUCACUCGUGUGUCUGCCUACAGCAGCUGGAUUAGUGGCAUCAUUGGAUAAGUGAAAAAAACUGAGAAGAUGAAAGACAAACAUCCUCCAUUUACCAAUGUUUAACAUCUGCAAUGGCCAAAAAUACUUACAAUAAACUUCACAUCUAAUCUUGGGCUGCUUUUGAAUCAUUUUAAAAAUUUGUGUCCUUGUUUAAUCCAGUUUGAUCAAAAACAAUAAAUACAUUUAGUAGAGCACUUA